AUGAUCCCGAAAACAUCCAGCACGACAUCCAAGACUAUCCUACUCAACUCGUGCGGUGCAAUGGGCGCACCCCUCGGCGCGCUCCUCGUCCACGCAGGCCACCGCGUACUCACACCCGCCGCCGGCAGAUCCCGCGCUACCCUGGACCGCGCUUCCCAGUACGGCAUCAUCGCCGUCCCAAAGACGCUGCCCGAACUCCUCGUAUCGCAACAGGCCGACGAGAUCGACAUCUUCUUGUCCGUACUCGCGCCCUCUGAUGCGUUGCCGCUCGCAAAACAGGUGGCAUCGGCCAUGGCCGCAAGAACCACCGCGGGCUCCCUCUCCAAACGGCGGACCUACAUCGACCUCAACGCCGUAUCGCCCUCGACAGCCUCAGAAAUAGAUGCGGCGCUCACGGGCAACAACGAACGGGGUGCCGCCGACUUCACCUACCUCGACGGGAGCAUCAUUGGCGCCACUCCGCGCUGGACGACGCACACCCGCGAAACCCUCUCCUUUUGUCCGACCAUCUACCUCUCCCACUCGGCGUCGUCCUCUGCUCACCACCCCGAGGCGAUAGACGAACUGACGCAGCUCCUCGCCUCUGCACAAUGGAAGGUCCGAUCGGUGCAUGACGCCAGGGUGGGCAGUGCAAAGGCGCUCAAGCUGUGCUACACGGCCAUCGCAAAGGGACUCAUGGGCCUCGCAUCGACCGCCUUCCUCACCGCCUCGUCCUUCUCGCCCUCGACGGCUCGCGCGCUCGCCACAGAGCUCAUGGAAUCGCAGCGCGGCAGCAUGGACUUUCUCAAUGCCAACUGGAGACACGUCGUGCCAAAGAGCGCUAGGUUCGUGGGCGAGAUGCAAGAGGUGCGCACCCUCAUGUCCCAACAAAGCGCCGCCACCGACGGCAGCGGCGCCGGAUUUGCCGAGAUGGCCGAUCUCUUCUCGGCCUUUGCUGAGGUCUACCGAUCCAUCGAUGAGGCAGAGAAGCGGGCCAAGGCAUCACGGCAGGCGGGACAGGAGGCGACGCUCGUCAGCGAACGGAUGCUCGAAUUUGAGCGGCUGGCCAGGCAUGGGUAG